UCCGAAAAGGAUUUAAGGGUGUUUAGAUUGUGCAUCCUACUAUCAAGCGGAACCAUCGAGCGGAAACAUGUGACCACAUAGAGAAUGCUUCCCAGGAGUUGUCGCCGUGUGCGUGUUUUCUACGGUGAGGAGGUCACAGUCAGUCGACACAACCUCUUCUUUCAUGUGUGAUCCUGAUCUGAAACUAUAGACACUAAUAGAUAAUAAUAAGGAUGUGAGGAUGGACUGGACGGGGGCCGAACAAAUGGGCGAAUGAGCGGGGAGCGGCAUUGGAGCAACCUUGUGCAACGUGAUAAACGCUACCAGUAAAAGUGGCACAGAUUCUUAAGUGAAAGUUCAAGAUUCUCGAGUGAUGGAGGAAAAAAGGACAUACAAAAUAUAACGGUGACGCCGUUCCACUUGAUGUGCUACAAGUUUUCGCCGGAUGUGCAUAUGACGGGUGAUGGUUCCCACGGCAGGAAGUGUUGAUAGAUGGAGCGGUUUUUAGAGGAUGUUUUUGAUGAUGAUGUUUGAUUCGCACGCAUGAAUCAGAGCAGAAAGGCAAAGGAUUCAAUUACUCAACCAACAGCCACGUUUCCACUCUGCCAACAAACCAAAUUCUCGCAACUGAUUUGUGGUGUCCUGAUGGAAAUUGACAGCCAUGGCCCUAGUGAAAACCGAAAGUGAAUGAGACGGAGCAUACAGAAUUAAAAAAAAGCAAUUAAACAAACAACCAAAACAGAUUAGCUCGGCAAGGAUAUCGCUUAAUCGGAUAAAUGUUACGAUUGAAAAAUUUAAAUUUCGAUUCUUUUUCGUGCACACCUCACUCCCGGGCGGGUGGUGUCUGUGAGAAAAGUUUCAACCCGAAAGGACGAUGAGUGGUGGACGUCGGUUAUCUCAGUUCCCCCUUCUUCGCUCUGCUGGUACGGAGCAGCUUCCGUCGCCGAUUGCGGUUUUUCGGCAUGGAACGUGAUGUUUUUGACCCGAACAAUGAACGGAACGUCAGAAAUCGGAGAGUUGCUGGCGCCGGAAGGAAGUGUAGUGAGGCGAUGAACAUGAUUCGGGGGUCGUUGUUGUGUGCGCGUGUAGUACAAUUGGCAGUGUGUAGUUGCGGCUGUGUUUGAUUUUCACUCACGGCGUGGUGUGAUGGAUGAGGCCUUGAACACAAAGUUAACCCAGAUGUUAAAUGGAUUAUAGUGGACGGUCAGUGUUGGGAUACGCGAAAGGACUAACCCGGUGCUUGGGGGUUCCGUGUCGGGGCCGAGUGAAAAUGUGGCAACUGAUAGGAUUCAUUCUAUUAAACGCAGUACAAAUGGGAUUAGCGGUGAAAAGCGGACACUCGAAAUCGAUGGCAGCCGGUCGAUUGGAGAACGUCACACAAACUAUUUCCAGGAUAUUGGAGGGAUACGAUAUUCGGUUGAGGCCGAACUUUGGCGGCGAACCACUAACAGUAGGAAUGGACUUAACAAUAGCUAGUUUCGAUGCAAUUUCAGAAGUCAAUAUGGACUACACGAUAACAAUGUACCUUAAUCAGUACUGGAAGGACGAACGGUUAGCAUUCAACGCCUACUCGAUCUGGGGUGGAACCGGGGGGUCAACCGGUGGGCAGCAGUACGACCAGAACGGUGACAUCAUGAUUGAGGACGACGGUGCGAAUGACGUUAUCACACUGUCCGGGGACUUUGCCGAGAAGAUCUGGGUACCGGAUACGUUUUUCGCCAACGAUAAGAACAGCUUCCUGCACGAUGUGACCGAGCGGAACAAACUGGUACGGCUGGCGGGGGACGGUGCCGUCACGUACGGGAUGCGGUUCACCACAACGCUGGCGUGCAUGAUGGACCUGCACUACUAUCCGCUCGAUUCCCAGAACUGCACGGUGGAAAUUGAGAGCUACGGCUACACCGUAUCGGACGUGGUGAUGUACUGGCGCUCGACACCGAUUCGCGGCGUGGAGGAAGCCGAACUGCCACAGUUCACCAUAAUAGGUUACGAAACUAACGAUAGAAAAGAAAAAUUAGCCACCGGUGUGUACCAGCGACUGUCGUUGUCCUUCAAAUUGCAGCGCAAUAUAGGUUACUUCGUGUUCCAAACGUACCUGCCCAGCAUCCUGAUCGUGAUGCUUUCCUGGGUGUCGUUUUGGAUUAACCACGAGGCUACCUCGGCUAGGGUAGCGUUGGGCAUCACGACUGUGCUUACGAUGACCACCAUCAGUACCGGAGUGCGGAGUUCACUGCCCCGGAUCAGUUACGUCAAAGCCAUCGACAUCUAUCUGGUGAUGUGCUUCGUGUUUGUGUUCGCGGCACUGCUGGAGUAUGCCGCCGUCAACUAUACGUACUGGGGAGCGCGAGCUAAAAAGAAAAGUAAAAAGAAUAAAGAGGCGGAGAAGAAAGUUUCCCGGAAACAGGAAAACAGUGGUGGUUGCUCUUCCGAAGAUAUUAUAGAACUGCAGGAUGUUCGAAUGAGUCCGAUAGCAUCGCUCAGAAAUCGACACUAUUCUAAUACGACCUCCUCGACCGGAGGAGAUACCGUAGAUCUAGCCAAAUUUCCACCUAGUUUUCGAAUUGCACGACCUUACGGAGCCAGUACCCGCUCCAGUGGACUACGGUACCGAGGCAAUAGAGGCAACAACCGACCAAAGAUGCUGCACGCAAUCAAGCGCGGUGCGUCCGUCAUCAAGGCGUCCAUCCCGAAGAUCAAGGACGUUAACGUGAUCGACAAGUACUCGCGGGUCAUCUUCCCGGUGAGCUUCGCUGCGUUCAACGCAGGCUACUGGAUCUUCUACGUUCUGGAGUGACCUUCUGUGAACUAACCGGAUUCGUAAGGCGUCGCCAGUAGCAACAGUAGCAGCGAAAGCAGAGGAGAUCUAGUAGCCACUGAAAUAAGUAAUGGUGUGCGUGUGUAUGUGAUGUGUGCAUCCCGGAAAGCAAACAACAUAGCUCUCUAGCGAAAUAGUCGAACUCAGCGUUUAGAGUUGCCCGUUGCACCGCACAUAGUCGAUAUUAGGCCCCCCCGCCCGUCGCAGCUGAGUUCUAGCGAGUCACUCAAAUCAUGGAUAUUUGGCAUCCGGUUAGUUCAGAGUUAGAAACAGAAACACCGCAAAAAGGUGAAACAAAAACAACCAUUAGAUACUCAUUAAAAUUAUUAGAAAACUUAGGAGUGAUCGUGGAAUGAUCGUGAAAUGCGAAAGUAAAAUUCGAUACGUUCGAAGCAACUCUUUCAUCAAAAUCCUUAGCUUUAGAUAUAAGUAACAAUGGAAGUCACUCAGUAGCUCAAAUUUAUGGUGAAUAGGGGGUCGUACAGUGGUUGACAGCAUUCAUCUUAGGGGUGACAUUGAGCAUCUCGAAACAAAAGGUUUUUUGUAUACAAGCUUGUAUGAAAAAGUCGAUUCGAAUUGGUUGCAUGAUGUGGCCCCAGAUUCAGUAGAAACUCGUAUGUGAGGAUAUUAUUUCUGUCAAGUUAAAAGUAAUUUUGGAUAUGUGCUGGACCAAUAAAAUAUCAGCUACGAAGACGUUUCAAAAUUUAUUAAGAAGCCAGUUUUUAAAAGCAAAUGAGUAAUUUUCAUGAAAAUGAAAAUAAAAUUUGUAGCACCCGCUACACUCUUCUUCGUCGUAGGAGUUUUCACGUUUGUCAAGCUUCAUUUUGCAAUUCUUGAUUGUAACUAUUCCCGAUAUAAAAAUUAUACCUACACACUGGAAGUAGUCGAAGGCGGAGACAGCACAUGUGGAUACGAAAAAAUCUAACCUCAAAUUCAGUACAUUUAAAAUAUGUGAGGCAGAAAGAGAGACUUUGCGAGACGAACGAUAAAAUGAAACAGAAAAAAAAGAAAAAGAUACCAUCCAUCCACAGGUCCCGUCCCAGGUCGAAGAUGGUUUAACAGAGAAUUAACGGAAGAUGAUGAGGCCACUGUAUCCAUUUUGUUGUUGUAAUUUUGUUUUUUUUUCUGUUAGCCAAUCCCACGCAGGGUUAUCCGUAGUGUGUGCAGAUUGUUUACAGUACGGACACGUAGGAGACUGAUUGUCCUAAGUAUAAAGUGUGGUCUGAGCACAGGUAGACCCAAGUCGCAGUGUUACGAAGGAAGAAAUAGGGUGCUUCAACUACUUUCUCGCCACACAAAUACCGUGGCUAAUUCCUGGAAAGAAGUUCCGUACUGCGACAUGAAUUUUCGAAGUGUUAUCCUGUAUAUGCGGAGACCAGGCAAUCGAACCAUGAUUGCGUUAACUUAUUAAUAUAAAAAGAUAUAAAAAGAUCUUGACUCUAACGUUGUUAUACUCAACAAAGUGUUUCAUGUUAUUACGUAAAACAAAUUGUUCUGUGUAGCCGUAAUAGUUAAAUCCUUCCAAUGCCACAUUACGUUUAUGGUGGGCAGAGCCGUAGUAGUGGUCUAUUGGCGCCCUUGGCGGAAUCUCAGUUUUGCACAUCUUUGCUGUUGACUUUGGCACCUUUUCAGUUCGACUUUCAAUGAAAAUUUGUGUGAAUGGAAAUGUCACACUUAGCAUGACUUAUUUUAUGAGUUAUCCUCAAUAAGUUUAUAAAAAAAAUCACGAUUUUAGUGCUCUCCUCAGCCCGGCGUCCUUAGCCAUUGCCAGCCCGGCCAGCUGCAAGCUACGGCUCUGUACAGGUGAAAUGAAAUUGCGGAAAGUGGCGGCAUUUGAAGAUAAGCUCAGAAUUGUAAUAUCCUAUCAAUCAGGAAUCAGAAUAUAUUGGCUCAAAUGGCACGUUCCCCGUACAUAGUCGGGGAUUUGUGCCUUGCCGUGUGUUUUCAUCAUUUCCUGAGUGGAAGGAAAGGACAAGGAGGUGUGGGGAAGUAGAAUUGGAAGGGUGGGAAAAAUAACAGCACAAAACAAAAAUAAACAACAGGAAAGUUAAACUCACAAGUAGUUCAACUUGCCUGCGAAUAAGCCUAAAGCUCUUUACCACAUUGGAUAAGAAACUUUAGUAUGUCUCUGAGCUUCAGUCGACCAAACAUGGUUUCGUCUAUAUAAGGACGGCUGAAGACUCGAAAUCGCAAUUGCGCUAGCGCUGGACAGUUGCAUAUCAGAUGAUAUGAGGUUCCGUAGUCGGAUUCACAAAGAUCACAUGAAAAAGACUCAGCGCGCUGAAUAGUUGCCAUGUGAUAAUUGAGUUUGCAGUGGCCGGUUAAAGCCCUGGUCAGCAUGCCGCAGUGGAGCUUCGAAAAAUGUAAGAGAUUUUUCGAAACCACUGGGCAUGGUUGUUCUAGA